AUGAGGAUUGAUGAUGGUGGGCAAAGAGAUGUUAGUCUCACAGAGGAACAAGCAGAAAUCUACUUUCGGUCUGUUGCAAGUAGCGAAGAUCUGAUCAGUCAAGUUUUCUCCACACCCAGUGAUAAGAGUGCAACAGAAGCUUCUUUGAGUUUGAUAACCGGACUUGGGGAUCAUGUGUUCCCUCCCCCACACAUCAGAGAUGGAGAGGCAGAACAUCGCGGAAUGAUGAAGAGAAUUCAUGUUUUUGACAUGGAUGAUCUUGAAGAGCGAAUGCCACAAGCUAGAUUUACACCAGUUGCAAAUCCCCAAAAGACAGGAGAGAUGUUGGAAAUUUGGUUCACCCGGGCAAUGGGCUCCAUAGCAAGUGGGGUGGGGAGGACAGAGACUUAUGAAACCCCCGGUCCAGUUGAACAUGAGAGAUCAGGUAAGCCUAAUCCAGAUUCUAGGCUCCCCAAAGUCGCAGAUACAGAGCGGAUGAGUGACCUGAGAUCGUCUAAGCACUAUACCAAAAGCAUGCCAUCACAAUCCCUAACUGCUGCUCUACUUGAUUGUCACAAAGUCAUACCUCCUAAAGUACCCAACUUCUCCACCAUAGCCAAAGAACACAAUGUUGUACGCACCACCCUUAGUUGCAACUACUACAAAUCCCUCCAUGAAAUCCCACCUGAUGGUCGAUCCAACCAAUCGCAUCUUGAUGAACAUGAGGAAGCUUACAAACCAAUCUUUGAGGAAUACUUUGAUAUUGAAUCUCGGAUACUUCCCCUUGAGGAGACACUCAAGUCCGACCCGGCAAAAGCGCGCAUAGAUGGAUCUCGAGAAUUUGUCACCCUCAUUGCUGCUAUCUGCGCUGAUAGCACUGCCCUUCCUCCUGCUCUCAUCUACAAAGGGGUAUACGGCCAGGUAUGCGAAAGCCGGACUUCUGAGGUUCUCCCAAGCAGUGAGAUCUUUAUGGCUGCUUCGGAAAAAGGGUGGACGGAUGACAAUCUUGGGCUUCAAUGGCUAACCGAAGGUUUUGAUAAAAGUGAGGUCACACCUGACAACACAAGUGGGAAAUUGUACAAGGCGUUCCGGUCUUUAUCUGCGGAUCAUCACCUCAUGAAAUCAAAGUUGGACAAUCUGGAGCAGGCGAUAUCACACACAAGGAGAAAGAAGACGGCUCGAAAGUAUGUAGCGGAUCAAACAGAAGGUGGGGUAGCAUUCUUAGGGCCACAACAGUUUCAAGAGGCAAGGGAGGAGUUUGAGCGAGAGGAAGCAGAAGCGGAGGAAGCAGAGAGAUUGAAGGCUGUUGCUGCAGAGGAGCGUGCAGAGAAGAAGAGACAACAGGAGGAAGAGACAAGGGUGCGAAGAGCAGCAGUGGCUGCAGCUAGAGCUGAGAAGAAGAGGAAGCAGGAAGAAGAGAAGGAGAAAAAGAAACAAGAUCAAGAGCUCAGGAAAGUGGAGAAAGCGCUACAAACAUUGGCUGCAUUUGAAGCAAAAAGAUCUGCGGGUUUGUCUAGACGUAGGGGAGGAGGAGGUUCAAGUAAAACAGGUGCAGGACAAUCCUCUAUGUCAGUGGAUGUGGAUAUGGAAGAGGUGCCGCAAUUUCCUGAUACCGAGGUGCCAGGGCCGGCCGAACCGACAUUAGGAUUUUCCCCCACCACGAAACUCCCGACGUUCAACUUAUCCUCUGAACUUUAUUCAAUCGUCUCUGGUUUACUGCAUUUAUCCCACGAUCCAGCAUUGUAUGCUCCAUGGAGGAAGUCAAUCGAAGUGUAUCUACAGAUAGGUGACAUGUGGAAUAUCGUCACAGGUAAUGAUACCGAACCUAGUCGCGUAGGGGUUAGGCCGACAGAUGAGAGGGCCGGUUCAGUACCUCUUAGCACUCCCUUUGCAGGGCAAGUGGGUACUCAAUGGGGAACUACGGCUAACUAUGCCGUGGAGUUGGUCUCAGUGGUUCAGGGUGAUGGUGAAAGGAGGGUUGGUGAUGGUAGUUGUCAGGGAUGUUACGACAUGGCUUGUGACAUCCGUGGUAAGUUGCAGCUUGACUUCCACAAAGGAGAACUAGCAAGAGUCUUAGGGCAAGAGGAAGGUAUGAGCGGUUGGAUCGUACAGUACAAAUUGAAUGGUUCAAUUGCGGAUUACGUUCGACCUUCAACUAUGGUACAAGAUUGUGUUCCCGCACGGUUGGUACCGAAUGUGAAUACAAAUACAACUACAGUCACUCCUACAACACUUCCUGAUCCCCUUCCUGGUCCACUUCCUACACCUGUCAUGACCCUAUUCAUCAUGACAUCCCCAUCCAAGGGUCCGGCCCAUUCCUCAGAGAGAAAGGUUCUCAGUGAAGUCUCACAGAAGUCUCGCAGAAGAGAAUGGAGGUUUAAGCCUCACUUUUAUUCAAGAUAUCACGUUUUGAUUCAAAGUAUGACGUAA